CACAGCCCCGCCCCUCGGCCGCAGCGGCUCCCGGCAGCCCCCGCGGUGUGGGAGGGGCGCGGGCCCGUCACGUGAGCGCCGUGUUCGGGCCCGCGGCGGCGGCACGGGAAGUGUCGGGGCCAGCUACAGCAAAAAUCUCAAAUGUUGUUGUAAAGCUGAAGGAAUGAACCCAAGUUUCCUGACAUCUGACACUGAAGUGGGCAUCUGUAUUUUAUACAAGUGAAAUGACUGGUUGAAUCUGGACACUUCUGAGCAAGAGAGAACAAAAAUCUUUAGCAACAGAACUACAGCGGCCUAAGGGGAUGUCUUUCAAGAAGAAUGAGCAGAGAGCAACUGAAGGCUUUCUUAAUAGGAGACUGGGAAGCUGUGUGUGCUGUCCCAUAGGCUUUCCUGUCAACUGCAUCAGCUUCUGACAAUGUGGGAGAUACCCGGCAUGGCCUCAUCAUCAACAUCUAAAUAUAAUUCAAACUCCUUGGAGAACUCCUCAAGCAAACAGAAUCUAAAAGAUGGAACUAGUUGGGAACAAAAUGAAGAAAUACCUCGUCUGCCAGGGGAGACCAGGGUCACAGACAAGGAUGUUAUUUAUAUGUGUCCAUUUAAUGGCCCCGUUAAAGGAAGAGUGUACAUCACAAACUACAGGCUGUACCUCAGAAGUGUGGAAAAUGAUCCAGUUGUGAUAUUGGAUGUUCCCUUGGGGGUAAUUUCCAGGAUUGAAAAAAUGGGAGGAGCUUCAAGCAGAGGAGAGAACUCUUAUGGAUUAGAUAUAACCUGUAAAGAUAUGAGGAAUUUACGGUUUGCAUUAAAACAAGAAGGGCACAGUAGAAGAGAUAUAUUUGAACUCCUCACAAAAUAUGCUUUUCCCCAGUCACAUAACUUGCCUUUUUUUGCCUUUGUAAAUGAAGAAAAGUUUCCUGAAAAUGGGUGGAUGGUGUACAACCCAAUGUCUGAAUACAGGAGGCAGGGGCUGCCCAACGAGCGGUGGCGGGUGACUUUCAUUAACGAGCACUACGGGCUGUGUGACACCUACCCCUCGCUCCUGGUCGUGCCCUACAACGCCACAGAUGAGGAUCUCAAGAAAGUUGCUGCCUUUAGGUCCCGAAAUAGAAUCCCAGUUCUCUCGUGGGUUCACCCAGAGAGCCAGGCUGUGAUCAUGCGCUGCAGUCAGCCCCUGGUGGGAAUGAGCGGCAAGCGGAACAAGGAUGAUGAAAGGUACCUCGAUAUCAUCAGGGAGGCCAACGGGCAGAUCUCCAAACUGACCAUCUAUGAUGCAAGGCCCAAUGUCAAUGCUGUUGCAAACAAGGCAACUGGGGGAGGAUAUGAAGGUGAAGAUGCAUAUCCCAAUGCAGAACUUACCUUCUUGGACAUCCAUAACAUUCAUGUCAUGCGGGAAUCUUUGAAGAAGCUGAAGGACAUUGUUUAUCCUAAUGUGGAAGAAUCACACUGGUUGUCAAGUCUGGAAUCAACCCAUUGGUUAGAACAUAUAAAGCUGGUGCUGACAGGAGCCAUCCAGGUGGCAGACAAGGUGUCGUCGGGCCGGAGCUCGGUGCUGGUUCACUGCAGCGACGGCUGGGACCGCACGGCCCAGCUCACCUCCCUGGCCAUGCUCAUGCUGGACAGCUACUACAGAACCAUAGAAGGCUUUGAGGUUCUGGUGCAGAAAGAGUGGAUCAGCUUUGGACACAAGUUUGCAUCGAGAAUAGGCCACGGUGAUAAAAAUCAUGCUGAUACUGACAGGUCGCCCAUCUUUCUGCAGUUCAUUGAUUGUGUGUGGCAGAUGUCUAAACAGUUUCCUACAGCUUUUGAAUUCAAUGAGCAGUUCCUGAUCACAAUCCUGGAUCACUUGUACAGCUGCCGCUUUGGCACUUUCCUGUAUAACAGCGAGUUCCUCAGAGAAAAAGAGAAAGUGACUGAGAGAACGUUAUCCUUAUGGUCUUUGAUAAACAGUGACAAAUCUAAAUACACCAAUGCUUUUUAUAGUAAAGAGCUAAAUCGAGCACUCUAUCCUGUAGCCAGCAUGCGGCAUUUAGAGCUCUGGGUUAAUUACUACAUCAGGUGGAACCCCAGGAUUCGGCAGCAACAGCCAAACCCCGUGGAGCAGCGUUACCUGGAGCUCCUUGCCUUGCGUGAUGAUUAUAUCAGGAGACUUGAAGAGCUUCAGAUCACAAAUAAUGCUAAGAUAUCCAAUUCAUCAGCCUCAUCAACAUCUCCCUCACAAAUGGUGUCCCAAGUACAAACACAAUUUUGAAGAAAAUGUUGGCUUCUUCCCAUACUGUAAUAGCAAGUGGUGCUUAACAUAGAUCUCUAAAGAGGAAUAUUCUAAUGCCUUACACUAGACUGUCCUAACACAAAUUAUUAUAAACUGUCUUCAUUUGAGGAGGACUUCAGAACAAACCCAGCUCUUCGAUUACGUGCCUUUCAGAACCUGUGGACUGGGAACAUUAUUAAUCAACUCGUAGCUAUGGAGGGCUUUAAGAGUUAUUUUGGUAGGUCUGGUACAAGUUAAAUUGAUUAUAUUGUUUUCAUAAGAAUGCUUUAAUUUAUUACAUUUUAGGUCAUGUUUUUGUAAGGAAAUUCAUGCUCAGUCUUACCUGUCAUGAAUAAACACAAUAAUGGCAAUAGGAAUAUUAACAUUGUAUAUAAUUAGGUAUGUCUGUAUUCCUGUUAGGAAUACAUUCAUGGAGUUCAUGAGAGAAAAAUAAAUUAUAUUGCAAGAUGUCAGAGAGAAGUGUUGAAACUUUCUGAUUACCCAAGAAUUCCAAAUUUUACUUUUUUUUUAAUAAAUAGAAAUAUGGAAGGCAUUUCAGUGAUGUGCUUCUAAAUAAAAAAUUCAAAUAGCUCAGUAGAUAUCAAAAUAAAAGGAACUUUUUUAUUGUAAAUUGAUUUUAUUUUUUUUUUAAAAAACAAAUGAAAGUUGUACUGGUUUCUGAGAAGUUCUGUUUGGGUUAGCUGUUCAGCACUAAAGUACAGUACAAAUUAUCACUGUGGACAGUAUUGAUUCUUUGGAUUAAUACAGAAUUAAAUGUUUCCAAAAGAAAGUUUAUAAAAUGAAGAACAGAACUACAGAGACAUUGCUUAAAUAUCCAGCAAUAGCCAUAGUAUUAAAGCUUCUGUUUGUCUUUUAAAAAUAAAUGUGCCUGUUUAAAGGAGCUUUUAUACCAAAGUAGACAAAAAUUCUCAGUUAUAAAUAAUUUUGAAAGCUUGUACAUUUAUACUUUACUGUUUAAUUUAACUCCUGUUCAGCAAAUUUAUUCUAACAUAUUUAAGGGGCUUCAGUAUCCAAGAUUUGCAUAUAGUGUCUGCACUUACAUUGAACAUUCAAGUGAGCUCUAGUUUCAAGCCUACCUUUCAGAGGCUUUUUGUAAAUCUUUAAUUUGUUUCUUUCGGGUAAUUUUUAAAUAGUUGCAAGCAUUUCUUAUGACAGUACAAAUUUUGCUCUUGAUAUUUAAUUAAAAUUUUGCAUAUUCUCAUAAGUUUAAUGAUAUUCAAGCAAUCCAGGAAAUACUGCAAGUCAGAAUCUGUAAAGGACUCUAAUAUUGUUAUUUUAAAGGAGAUAUUUUGAUGCUUGAGGCUUCUGUCAUUGUAAAUUAUUGUACAUGUGGUGAGUUUUGAUCUGCAAGAUAUAAUAGGAUUAUAUAUAAAUUAAGUUUUGUGUAAGUGUAUAUAAUAUAGUUUAUUAGAAAUUCUGCAAGUUUAUAAAGUGUAAAUAUUUUGCAUAUGAAAACUAAAUUUAAAGGUAUAGUUCCAUAAAAUAAGUCAAAGUUUAGAGGACAUUGAAUAUUUAAAACAGUAUUUUUUCAAAGGAAUAAAAAUAUACUGCCUCUGGAUUUAAUUCAGUA